AUGCCGGGGCGCGAGGCCGAGCGGCGCGGCGCGCUGUGCCUGGGGCUGCUGUUGCACGCCCUUCUGGGCUGCGGCUCGGCGCAGCCGCCCGCUGCCUGCCCGGCCCCCUGCGAGUGUUCGGAGGCGGCCAAGACGGUGAAGUGCGUGAACAAGAACCUGACGGAGGUGCCGCCCGACCUGCCGCCCUACGUGCGCAACCUCUUCAUCACCGGCAACCGCCUGGACCGCCUGCCCGCCGGCGCGCUGUCCGCCCCGCGCCUGGCCGAGCUGGGAAGCCUCAACCUCAGCGGCAACCACCUGCGGGCCGUGGAGGCCGGCGCCCUGGCCGCCCUGCCCGCCCUGCGGCAGCUGGACCUCGGCGGCAACCCGCUGGCGGAGCUCAGCCCUCUGGCCUUCGGGCAGGCCGGCCCGCUGGAGGAGCUGGCCCUGCGCGGGGCCCUGCGGAAGCAGGACGCGCUUCUUGGUCUGGCUGCCCUGCUGCAGGCUGGGGCCCUCCGCAACCUCAGUCGCCUGGAGCUGGCCGACAACGGGCUGCUGUUGCUGCCCGCCGGCAUGCUGGGCGCACUGCCUGCUCUGCGGCACCUAGACCUCAGCAACAACUCGCUGGUGGGGCUGCGGAACGUCUCCUUCCAGGGGCUGGUUCGUCUGCAGAGCCUCAACCUCAGCGACAACUCGCUGGGAGUGCUGCGGAAUGGCACCCUGGCCCAGUGGCGCGGGCUGCCCGCCCUGCAGCGCAUCAGCCUCAGCCGCAACACCUGGGUGUGCGACUGUGCCAUCGAGGACAUGGUGGCCUGGCUCAAGGAGAGCGACCAGGUGGAGGGCAAGGAGGCCCUGAGCUGCGCCUUCCCCGAGAAGAUGGCGGGCAGAGCCCUGCUGAAACUCAACGCGUCAGAGCUCAACUGCUCCACACCCGUGGACGUGCCCUCCCAGCUACAGACUUCCUACGUCUUCUUAGGGAUAGUCUUGGCUCUCAUCGGGGCAAUUUUCCUCCUGGUUUUGUACUUGAACCGAAAAGGGAUCAAAAAGUGGAUGCACAACAUCAGAGAUGCCUGCAGGGAUCACAUGGAGGGAUAUCACUACAGGUAUGAGAUCAACGCCGACCCCAGGUUAACAAACCUCAGCUCCAACUCGGACGUCUGACAGCGCCGCGGCAGUGGCCGUGCACCAUAGCUAUGCAUGACAUAUAGACUGAUGCUUUGCCCUCGUGCUCGCUUCCCUUUCCCCAGAGAAAUCUCGGACAUGCUCACAGCAUGAAGGGGAUAUGCCUCUGUGCGUUGCUCAUUGCCAUCCUCCCUUUGUUCUGAGACGCCGGGCAGCUGCGCAUGGUGUUGCACUGCACGCAAGAAACAAGCUGCUACUUCUCCUCUUCCUUACCAGUUCUCAUGGUGGGAAAUUUUUUCAAGAUCUCAAAAGAGAAAAGGAUACUGUGCUACAAAGCCACCGGAGUUUAUAGCAGAUACAUACACACACACCCCCCACCCACACACACACAAUUAUUCAACAAAACCUGCCUCAACUUUUUGAGAAAAACGUUAAAUCCUCUGUGCCAGUUUUAAAUCUUGUAUAUCUGCAUCCUGAUGAUAAUGUUUCCAUUUCAUAGACUUAACUUUGGAUUUAGAAAAACAAAAAAAACUCCUUUUAACAAGUCCUCUGUUACAAAGAAGGAAAUCAAACAGUGAGCACGCACAAAUACUUCUUAGUUUAACAUGUUAGGACACUUACAGUCUCAGUGAAUCACUUACUAUUUUGUACUGUAAUUUUUGAUUGCAGUUUACCUGAAAAUGGAUUUUUUUUUUCUAUACAUAAACUGCAUCUAAACUCCAUUUGAACUGUUCAAUUCAAUAAACAGUCUUGCAAGAACUUGUGUGGAAGUUUCCUGUUUAAUGAGAAAUGAAUGGACAUCUAAGAAUGUUAAUAACUUUGUGGGCUCUGGAGUAAUAGCCCUCGGCAGUACUCCGAAUAAAAUCUUGUACGUGUGUAGCUUCGAGAUAUAAAUGUUGAUAAUGGUUCUGUGAUGUACACUUUAAGAAUUACACUGAUUACGACGAGAGUGGUUCCACUUGGCACAAAAAUCCCUGAUCUGCUCUCUUGAGACAACUGCAAAAUGUCAGGACGGAUGCGAGGGUCUGUCUAGCUGGGAAGGUAGAAGCUGAAUUUACAUUAGGUUUUCUCUACCAUAUUGAAAAACAUUCAGAUUAAAAUGUGGAGUUGGUAAGCUAAAGAAAAUUGUACCUGAAUGGAAUUGUUUUUUUAUA